ACGAAGGGAUCUCACCCGGGACCUUUCAAGACCUGGUCACUCUGAGGGACCUGUCUCUAGCGCGGAACUCGUUGACCUACCCUCCCCCGUUCCUCCCUGGGGAGAUGCUUGUUAAGUUAAACUUUCAAGAAAACCAAAUGAGCAAGAUCCCCGUAAAAGCGCUGGCAGGUUUGCACAGGCUGGAGAAGUUAGAUCUUUCUAACAACCAGCUGCAGUCGCUGGUGAGGGGUGUCUUUGAUGGCCUUGGGAGUCUCAGGCAGCUCACCGUACGGAACAACCCGUGGCUCUGUGAUUGCGGCAUGCACUGGGUGGUGUCAUGGCUCAAAUCUCUUCCUGCAUCGUUGAAUGUGCGGGGGUUCAUGUGCCACAAGCCUGAAAAGUUCCGAGGUAUGGUGAUAAGAGAGCUGAGUGCUGACCUGGUUCACUGCCCACAACCUGCUUCAACACCUCACACUGCUCUGACCUCAUCUGUUUCCGUUUCCACAGACUUUCCCUUGGUUACACGACAUGUUUCCUCCUCUAAACGACCCCUAACCACGCUGCCCACCCUCUACACCAUCUACACCACCAGGGAGGAUGGACUGAGGACUAAGCAGCCUCUCCAGGUCACUUUCACCAUCCUAAAUGGGUCAGAUAUCCAUGUACGGUGGUUGGCUUCGUUUCCAGUCACUGCCUACAAGGUGACCUGGGCCAGGAUGGAGCCCAGUCUGACUGGCGACACGGUCAGAGAAAGGAUAGUGGGUGGGGAUCACCGGGGGAUCCGACUGACUAAUCUUGAGCCCAAGUCCACCUAUCGGAUCUGCGUUAUUCCCUUGGAUGCUUUCAAUAAUUACCGGCCCAAGGAUGACACUGUUUGCACCGAGGCUGUGACAACAUCAGCCUUUUUCAGCCCAGAUAACAACAACAGGAGACGUUCUGGGCCCGAGCAGGCAACGCAGCCAGAGUCCGGCUCGCCGCUUCUGCUGGCUGGGCUUAUCGGCGGGGCUGUGAUUGUCGUCCUUGUGGUCCUGCUCAGUAUCUUCUGCUGGCACAUGCACAAGAAGAGUCACUCGGAGUGGAAGUACAACCGAGGGCGUAGAAAAGACGAUUAUUGCGAGGCUGGCACCAAGAAAGAUAAUUCCCUCCUGGAAAUGACUGAAACCGGCUUCCAGAUAGUGUCGCUCAACAACGAGCAGCUCCUCAAGGGAGAUUUCCGCAUCCAGCCUAUCUACAGUCCUAACGGGGGCCUGAGCUACAGAGACUGCCCCCCUGUGAACAACAGCACAAUGUACUGCAAGAACAAUGUCCAGGAUCAUGACUCAUGAUGGUUCCAUCAGGAGUACUUUUCCUGACACUGCUCGGACUUUUUGGGACUCUGUAAAGUUAAUAUGAUUUAAGCAGCUGUCUCCGAAAAUGUAAUUUACACAGCUGACUCAAUCAUCUCUUUUAUGUAACAUUGUUGGAUUUAUAGGUCAUUGUUUUCUGGAGUUGUGACGUUGCAGUUCUGUGCACAAACACAUAUAUAAAGAAACAAAAAAGGAGUUUUAUCUUUAAGAGUUCAGGAUGGCUUGUUUUACUUGUGCCACGUAAGGUUUUUGCUGCUGAAUCUUGUUUGGGAAAGUUGUUAAACAGGAGAACAAAGCGGAUUUUCACCACUAGAUGGUAUAGUUUUCCUGUUAUGGCCUAAGGGAAAUUGCAGCAGAGGUUUGGCGAGAUUGUUGGAUUCCCGAAGACGUGUUGGGCCAUAUGCACAGCAUUUUCCCUCUGUUUCAGGAACAAACUUAAAGGUCACACUCAUUAAACACUCAGAAGGUGGCAGGCUGCAGAGCUUUCACCUGCGUCUCCAGUUUAAUACAUCAUCACAGCAAAAAAGGGUCUUGUUAUCAGCACCUGCUGUGUUUGGUGGGGUUGUCACAAAAAGGAGCUGCAAAAAAGCACAACCUCUGAAUGUUUAAACUCCUCAAAACAAAGUCUUUCCUCUAAGUUUAAUACUGACUCUUUUUCAGCAAAACAAUUUAUAAAUGUGCCUUGAAGUUAUUCGCUUAAAAUGUUUAACAUCCAUGUUUUUUGCACCUGUAUCCUUGUAUAUACAACUUAAUGGAUUAUUGUAAGUAACUCUCUUGCUUUUCUUUAUUUAUUUAUCUCAUGACACAUUUAAUUAAAACAUAUUUCCAAAUGAGAACCUA